AUUUUACGGUCAGGCGUGUUUUUACCUGAGGAGUAAGAUAGCUAGCUUUAAAGUGGUUCCUCUCGCAUUCGCUCGCCUGUGUCGCCGGUGUGGAUAAUAUUCUCUUGGAAGCGCAUACAAGAAAUCCGACACGGGAAUCUUUGCUUGCGACUCAUGUAGCUGCCUAGCGAAACUGUCUUUACUUUGCCGUCUGACUCCAAUAAUAGGCGCCAGUUAAAUUGAUUUUUGUUGUCGAAGGGUGACUGUGAACACUGUGCCCAGUUACAAUUUUUUUUUUGGAAGAUCAGACAUGUCGGAAUUUCUGGAAGAUCCGUCGGUUCUUACUAAGGAUAAGCUAAAGAGCGAGCUGCUGGCCAACAACGUGCCUCUGCCGAGCGGCGAGCACAAAAAAGACGUUUACGUGCAGCUGUACCUGAAGACCCUGACCGCUCAGAACAGGGAGAAAGCCCCGGCAGCGGACACCUUCUCCAGCGACGAGGACCUGCCUCCACCGGUGAUCACCAACAGAAGUCGCUCUGGAAGGAAAGCCACAAGGAAGACAGACAAACCAAACCCAGAGGAUGUGGACGCCUCUGAGCUGACUGACGAGAGUCUCAGGGAGCAACUGCAGAAAUAUGGAGUCAGUGUAGGGCCCAUUGUAGCCUCCACGCGUUCGCUGUACGAGAGGAAGCUGCAGAAGCUGCUGGAGCAGGGCCCCCCUGAAGUGCUCCCCUCUGCGCCCACAAAGGUCGACAGCAACCAGAAUGGCAACACAGACUCUGACCAGUACAGCGACAAGGAGGAAGGUGAGACACAGAUCAAGGAAAGGGCGGUGCCUGAGCCAGAACCUGAGCCGGAGGUGGAGCCAGUUCCAGUGGUGGAGAAACCUGUGAGGAGCAGAGGGAAGGCCACUGCUCGGUUGAAGACCGCUCACGACCUAGACCACAACCGAGUGGAGGAGAGGGUAGUCACAGCUGAUCACACCUCCAGCAUGGAUGGAAAAGACAUUCUGAAAGAAAUGUUCCCCACCACACCGACAGGAAUCAGUGCUACCUGUCGAAGGCCAAUCAAAGGGGCAGCAGGACGUCCCGUAAAAGAGAGUGAGUUUUGGCUGGACGAGUCACUCCUCCGUCGUAUUGAGCACACCGAGAGCACCUGUUCCCACAGCGAGAGCCGCACUUUUCUGUCUGGGGCCACCCCACUCUCGUCCUCCUCGGAGAUGGCGCCCUCCGGUGGCCAGAAGCCUGCACGCCGCUUCCUGCCUGUGUGGGUGCAGCUGCUCUUCCUUGGCGCUGUGGCCGGGUUCCUGUUCUUCAUCUACCAGGCCAUGGAAACCAACCAGGUCAACCCUUUCGGUGUUUCUGAGAGCUCAGAGGCAAUACCCGAGGCCAGUGCCCGUGUGGGAGAGAGCCCGUGACCCUAGCCAGCCAUUGCCUCUCCAUCUCUCACCAGUCCCAUCUUCCCAUUACCCUUUACAAAUGUCCUCUCGCUGUCUGUACUCCCUCUCCCUGACAUGAUCCCCUUUAGUUUUUUUAUCUUCCAACGUCUGUAUCUGGGGGACUUUCCCCUCCCCAGCUUCCCUUUUAAUUUGCUUUUUAUCAUGGCCUCUCUGUCAUCUCUAUAUAAGGGCUUUCCCACCUUCUCUCACCUCUCCUCCCUACUGCUCCUCUUCCCACAACAGCGCCACCCUCCUGUCUCAGUUCCAGUCCUCCUCCUCCUUUAACAGUGGCUUCCACAAGAAUAUAUGGACUUCAUAAGGUGCAGAAUCUUCCUGUGUUUCUACCCUCAUCCUGGAGGGUAUUGCCAUUGACUUUUUUUUUUUUUUUUGUCACUCAGUGAGGCGGUCAGUCAAAGGCACGGGGUAAUGACGUCCUGCUUCUAGAGGUCAAGGUCGCGUCAAAGGUGUGAGGGUGUGCAGUUUGUGAAGUCGUACUUGCUAAUCAUCUGUGAGCAUUUACUGGGAUUCUGAAUCACUGUAUCUCUGACCAUUUGCUGGGACUGUGAAUCCCAUAUUUGUGAGCGUUUUCCAGCGUCACGCGUCUGCAGCCCUGUGUGUAUCUCUGUUUACUGGGUUUGUGCUUCUGUUCUGAAACUGUGAUACCUGCAGACAUGAGCAGGAAGCUCAUCCUGCUGGUGUGUGGGGUGAAGCCUGAAGAAUAUGAAGACAUGGAAACAUUUUGGCCCCUAGUCAGAGCCACGGUGUCACUAGGUUGCAGUGAGCCAUGCAGUCUUUAAUGCUGAAGUACUUUUCAUGUAUAGCACUUACAUUUCCCAUUCCUUUUUAUGUGAAAAGCACACAAAUAACUCUAACUCCAGUCUUCUAUAGCCCAAGUAUAAUAUAUAUCUACACUAACUGAGCAAGCUUUUUAUAAAUAGUACACCAUGGCAUUUUUCAGUGGGACAUUUUAAUAUUUUUAAUGGAUCAAACUCUACUUGUUGCGGCACAUUGUUGCAAUCCAGAUAGUCACAAAGCGCUGGACAUAUAGCAUAGGGGAUUUUCCAGAGUGAAUAAAAAAAAAACCCAGGGCAUGUGGAGAAAAAAUGGAAAAUUAUUCCCUGACCCUGGAAAAGGGUGGAAGCACUGGGAUAGCACUUAAAGGCAUGAAUUAGUUUUUAUGCGUUUUGAAGAAUUAAGUUUCAGUCAGAAAUCCCAAUGAAACUGAGAGGAUACUCAGUGUCGAUGGUAAGCAACAGUGGUAUAACUGUUAAAGAAUCAUGAUUAUAACUUCAAAUGAAAUUUUCCCACAGGGUAGUUAAUAUAGAUGGUGAAUAUUUAUUUUGUCUUUGUAGUAUUCUGUAGCAUCUGGAUUAAACCAUGAAGAGAGCAUGGUUUUCAAUAAUUGAGAAAAAUUAUAAAUUGUGAAUAAAUACAAACAAAAAAAAAAAUCCAAGUAAUUUAACCUUUGACCUCUCGAUUUGGACAUUUGUGCCAUAUCUGGGGUAGGGCCGAUGUUUCGUUUGGUUUAAAUGCUUGUGAAACUUUUCUAACUGCAGCCUUUUCAAAGGUGUGUCUUAAAACUAUGAAGCAUCGAAAAAAAAGUUUUUACAAUAACAGAUUUUAAAUUCAUAAUCAGGUGAAGCUUCUUCUGGUCUAAUGUGAAUCUGCUUCACUGAGCUGCAGUUAUUUUCAGGACUAUGCAUCUGUUGUAUAGGACUUAAAAGUAUAUAAUGAAAAAUUUACUUCUUAGGAUUGACUUGGCCUGUUGGACAGUAAAAGAGCAGUAGCUGCAGGGAGAUUUUUAAACUGGGUGUUUUUUUUUUAAAAAAAAAAACAGUACUCUGUCAUUGGUGAAAAGGGCAAUAAUAUUGGCCUCUUUAAAUUCAUUCUCCUUCCCUUUCUGUCUUGUGUGUCUGCACCUGCUGGUGCUCUCAUCACUGCUCAGGAAUUCUACCUACUGAUCCAGUUAAAAUUGUAGUAAAAGCAUGUAAAUGUGUGGCAUAGUACAAUAAAUUAACAUUAACCAUAUUCAGCCUGUGACUUAGUGGAAUGUGUGGUUGCACCCUGGAACAGAUCUUAAACUCCUGGUUGUGAAGAAAUUCCAGCAAAGGAUAAAUGUAAUUCCAGAUGCUCAAGAUCAGAUUAUGUAACAGACAUGUUUCUUUACUGUUUUGACACCCAAAAUAUAUAUGAAAUGACACUGCUUUUGUAAUAAAUCAAUUAUUCAUAGUUUUUAUGUAAUAAUUUCUCUUGUCGUUGUGUG